CGCUGUUUAUGUCUGUCUGGCACGGGUCCACCAGUUUUUAAAGAUAAAACCAAUGGGGAGUGGAUUGCCAGACCAGAAAUGUCUCCUGUGGAAAUUAAAUGUGUUGCUUGUGGAAAACCAAAACCUACCAUUAAGUGGUAUAAAAACAAACAGUACAUUGACCCUGGUGUGAAGGGAGGACAGUACAACAUAAGAAAAAAUAAACUCAAGAUAGCUAGACUUCUUAAAUCUGAUGAAGGAAACUAUACAUGUGUGCUAGAGAACGAACAUGGAAAAUUGAAUUUUACCUUCAAACUUGAAGUGUUAAUUCAAGCAGCUAGCAGCUCUUAUAAAAAGGCAAAGCAGACAGCCGUGAGGGACAAAAAUGAAGCUUGUUCAUAUUGUGGCAAAAAGGGACACAGCAAAAGUGCAUCAGAUUGUCUCCAUAAGUCAGAUUGCCCUGCAUAUGGCCAUAAGUGUGGAUACUGCAACUGUGAACACCACUUUGAAAAGGUUUGUAGGAGUAAGGAAAAAUCAUCAAAAACUGGUACAGCUACUCCUAAUGCAGACGAUUGUGAAUGUGCUGUGUUUGAUUCACUGUUGAGUAUAAUUACAAAACCCCUAGUGGUGGGACCAACCAAUCAAACAGUUCAAGCUGGAAGUGAUGCUAAAUUUGAGUGUAAAGUGUUGAGAAAUGACCUACAGCACCAUACACAGUGGUUACAACACUACAAAGUCAAUGGUUCCUAUCGAGAUGAUGAAAACCAGCCGUAUGUCAACAACAUACAGCAAUCCAUGGUGAAUUUAAGUCACCCAGAAAUACUAAUAAUAAAGAAUGUAACGAAAGAUAAUGCUGGAUGGUAUGGUUGUUUGAUUUCUAAUCCACUUGGUAGAUAUUAUCAGACUGCCUGGCUAACAGUUAUAGAUAAACAAGCAGAAGCAGUAGACAAUAGGUCAGGAGGGACAAACAAUAAAGAGCGAAUAGUUAUCUACAUUAUUGGUGGUGUCACAUUAGUAGUUAUUCUCAUCCUGUUACUCCUUCUCUUUAUAUGUUACAGACGUUACAAGAGGGUACAGUCCAGCAAAUAUAGAAAUGUCAAAAGAGUAAUUGUCAUGAGACAGAAUGAGAUUAACCGCCCAGACAAGUCUUAUGAUGGCACACAACCACUUGUUUUACCCACAAUCAGAAUUGAACCUGGUCCAAGACGACGCGUGUCAUCAGAUUUGACCAUGGUGUCAGAGUAUGAUCUCCCUCUUGACAAACACUGGGAAUUUAAAAGAGAACAGUUAUCACUUGGUGAGCCUCUUGGAGAAGGAGCAUUUGGUCAAGUGGUGAAAGCAGAAGCUGUUGGUUUGAAUAAAGCUCCAACAACUGCCAUAGCAGUCAAGAUGUUGAAGGAGGAUGCAACUGAUAGAGAAUUGACAGAUCUAAUGCAAGAAAUGGAAGUGAUGAAAUUUAUAGGAUGCCAUACAAAUAUCAUUAGUUUGCUGGGAUGUUGUACACAAAAUGGGCCAUUAUAUGUAUUGGUUGAAUUUGCGCCACAUGGUAACUUGCGAGACUCCUUGAGAUCAAGAAGACCACCUAAUUCUGCAGGAUACCAAAAGCCAGGUUUGGAAAAGGGCUCAUUCAAACCAUUGACAGAAAAAGACUUAAUAUCAUUUGCCUACCAGAUAGCCAGAGGAAUGGAAUAUCUGGCAUCUAGAAAGUGUAUUCACAGAGAUUUAGCUGCAAGAAAUGUGUUAGUUGCUGAAGACGAUGUACUAAAAAUAGCAGAUUUUGGUUUGACCAGAAAUCUUACCAAUGUGGAUUAUUACAGAAAGACUGGAGAUGGUCGUCUACCUGUGAAAUGGAUGGCUCCAGAGGCAUUAUUUGACAGAAAAUAUACAUCCAAGAGUGAUGUUUGGUCCUAUGGAGUACUGCUGUGGGAGAUAUUUACACUCGGAGGAAAUCCUUAUCCUUCUGUACCAGUCGAAAGAUUAUUUGAACUUUUAAAAGAAGGUCAUAGAAUGGACAAACCUCCAUAUGCUUCAGAUGAAAUUAAUAGAAUGAUGCAUUUCUGUUGGCAUGAGUAUCCAUCAGGGCGACCAUCUUUUAAUGAACUUGUUAUUGAGUUAGAUAAAAUGUUGAUAUCUAUGGCAAACAGAGGGGAAGAAUAUUUAGAUUUAGAACUACUAGACAGUCCAAAAAGUAUGUACGAAAACCAGUAUUCCUCUAUGUUUCGUAGCUAUAGUAAUGACGAUGUAACGAGCAACAGCACAGACUCUGAAUCUUCAUGAAUGUAACAGUAUACAUCCUAUCAUAUAAUAGUUUCUCUCAUGAACGAGGCAUUCACUGACAACUGUGUCUCAUACAACUAGGCAGCAAUUGUUUCAUAAUCUCAUUCAUCUGGAUGUCUUCCACAUUGUGUAGAAAAAAAAAAACGCAUGAGCCAA